GGGGCUGGGUGCGCUGGGGGACGAAGGGGAGAGGACAGCAGAACAGCGUGUCUUUGUGCCUGAACACCAGGCACUGGGAGACACACUCAGACACAUUCACUCAUUCACUCGCUGGCACACGGGCGCGCACACAAGCGCGUGCUUCUGCCCACUGUCACACAAACUUGCGCUGGCAUCCCAGAGGGCAGCCCUCUCUUCAGUCCUGUCCUGGGUGUUGAAGCUCGCCCCUCUGUUGAGGCUCACCUGACCUCUGAUGCUCCUGUGCUAAUCUGUCACCUACCUGUGGACUGAGCUGAACUGACUGGACCCUCAUCACCUCGAUCCAGGAACCCUCACGUGUGAUCCACAGAACUGCUGUAGCAACACUGGCUGGCGCUCAGAGGAUCGCUUCACGGAGAGAAUCUCAAUCUUCUGAGGAUACCUAUCUUUGACUUCCCCCAGUAAACUUCAACAUCGACCUUGGAGAGGAAGAUUGUGCAAGUCAGUUAACGCCUGUCGCUCUGUUAGGGACUAUUCUCGGGCACCCUGUGACACUCCAUCACCAACCAUAGCACCAAAGACGAACCCGACACAAAUCCGCCAAAUCCGAUUGCCAUGGCAUCCACGGGCAUGCAGUUACUGGGCCUGGUCCUGUCCAUCGUGGGAUGGGUGGGAGGAGCUUUGGUGUGUGCCAUCCCCCUGUGGCGUGUCACUGCCUUCAUCGGGAACAACAUCGUGACGGCCCAGAUCAUCUGGGAGGGCCUGUGGAUGACCUGCAUUGUUCAGAGCACCGGUCAGAUUCAAUGUAAGGUGUACGACAGCAUGCUGGCCCUGCCCAGCGACAUGCAGGCGGCCCGGGGCCUCACUGUGCUCUCUGUCCUGAUGUGUGGCAUGGCUCUGGCUCUAGGUGUGGUGGGGGUCAAGUGCACCAAAUGCAUAGGCCAGAACAGCCUUAAGGCUCGCGUGGCCCGCAUCGCUGGUGCCCUGUUUGCCAUCGCGGGGUUCCUCUACCUUGUGCCCAUCUGCUGGACUGCCCACUCCAUCAUCAGGGAUUUCUAUGACCCCCACGUGGCUGCCCCACACAAGCGAGAGCUGGGCCCUGCCCUCUACCUGGGCUGGGGGGCGUCUGCCCUCCUCCUCAUUGGGGGCUCUCUGCUCUACGCAGGGUCCAGUCCUCCUGGUAUACCCGGCUCUCCUACCUUUAGCAGCGACAGCAGCCCCCGCAGGGCACCAGCCGCACAGGUCAAAGGUUAUGUCUGAGUCCCGAAACCCAACAGUCAGUUCCAAUGAAACCAUCCCUGACAACUGAAAAUUGAAACUAUUUUUUUCUCUGGCAGUACUCCUUUUAAUACUUUGGUAUUUAAUGUUAUUCAUUGUUGUUUUGUCAUUCAAAACGUUGUAAGAGUCUGUGGGGGCAAAUGUGAAGCCAUUUGGUUAUGUCAAACCUUGUGUACUCUGAUAACCCUUUCUUGUCUGUCAGUGUAAAACACAAUAAAAUCUUCGGUCUACCAAUUC